AUGCCUUCACAUGGUCGAGCACGAACACGCCGCGUCGAGGAUGGCGAAGCGGACCGCCUAGAAGUCGCCAUUAACCGGCUGCGCAAUACCCUCAUGCGAGCUGUCAUUCGCUUCGCCCUCGCAACAGGGAUGCGCCGGGGUGAAAUCCUGAAGCUUCGAGUGGAGCACAUUGAUCGGCUACGCCGGACGCUUCACAUCCCCGAAAGCAAGAACGGGCAUCCCCGUACGAUCCCACUCACCAGCUGCGCACUCCGUAUUCUGGAUGAGGUCCAGCCGGAUGCCGAUGGUUACAUGUUCCCUGUCUCUCCAAACUCGGUACGGCUUGCUUGGGAGCGUGUUCGGCGCAAUGCGAAACUUCCGGAUAUGCACUUUCACGACCUUCGUCACGAAGCGAUUAGCCGCUUCUUCGAAAAAGGCCUGUCGGUUCCAGAGGUCGCGCUUAUCAGCGGACACAGGGACGUUCGAAUGCUCUUCCGAUACACUCACUUAAAAGCGGAGGAUGUGGCAGCAAGAUUAGAUGCGCUUGAGAAACUGCAAGGUUCUUGA